AUGUGGACGUCUGAGAUGUUGCUGAGGCUAACUGCUACAGUGUUGAUCUUCUGCCACAUUGUCUAUGGAACCAACAAGGAGCCAAAUAUGAUUCCCGGUCGAAGCGUGAUCGUGCACUUGUUCGAGUGGAGAUUCGACGACAUUGCCGAAGAAUGCGAGACAUUCCUUGGACCGCGUGGCUACGGCGGCGUUCAGACGUCACCAGUUAAUGAGCACGGCAUUGUCUUCGGAGAUACGGUGAAGCGACCGUGGUACGAGCGGUACCAGCCUGUCAGUUACAAAAUCGGAAAUCGGAGCGGCAACGAGACACAAUUCCGUGACAUGGUUCGCCGCUGCAACACGGCCGGCGUCAGAGUGUACGUGGACGUCGUUAUUAAUCACAUGACUGGUCCUCUGCAAAUAAAGAACGGCACAUUAGGCAGUACCUUCAAUUACAAUGAAUACAGCUAUCCUGCCGUACCGUAUGGUCCCGAUGACUUCCACAAGAAAAAUCAGUGUGGGAGCAAGUCCGGUGGCAUCGAGAAUUACGGAGACGCACAACAGGUGCGCAACUGCGAAUUGGUCGGACUUCGUGACCUGAACCAUGGUAGAGAGCACGUUCAAGCCAAGAUUUCUGAGUUCCUGAAUCGACUCAUCAGUUUCGGCGUAGCCGGAUUUCGCAUCGAUGCCGCCAAACACAUGUGGCCGGCCGACCUGAAAGUCAUCUACGAAAAGCUUAAUGACCUCAGCACAGAUUUCUUCGCUGCGGGAACCAGGCCAUUCAUCUACCAGGAGGUGAUCGACAUGGGCCAAGGCGAGCCGAUCACCCGCUGGGACUACAACCAAAUGGGCAGAGUGACAGAGUUCCUUUACGGCGCUAAGCUAGGAGCCGUGCUGAGGAAACGACCAAAUCAGCUGCUCAAGUACCUUCGAAACUUCGGCGAGGACUGGGGCUUCCUUCCGGGUGGAGACGCGCUGACUUUUGUGGACAACCACGACAACCAGCGGGGCCACGGAGCCGGCGGCGCGGACGUGCUCACGUUCUUCGAACCUCGGCUGUAUAAGAUGGCCGUCGCUUUCCUCCUAGCGUGGCCGUAUGGACUGCCUCGCGUUAUGAGCAGCUACCGCUGGUCCCGUAACUUCCGCGACGGUGUUGACCAGAAUGCCUGGAUCGGACCGCCGUCCGAUGCCUCGUGGAACAUCCGACGUGUUGUUCGACACAGAGACAACACCUGUGGAGAUGGACGGAUAUGUGAGCACAGGUGGCGACAGAUCUACAACCUCGUCGAGCUGCACAAUGUGGCGGGGUUGUCUCCUGUCACGAAGUGGUGGGACAACGGGUAUCAUGCAAUCGCAUUCGGUCGUGGAAACGCGACGUUCGUCGCCAUGAACAACGAGGACCGCCGGUUGGAAGCAGUUCUUCAGACUUCUUUGCCACCGGGAAGAUACUGCGACGUCAUAUCUGGUGUUAUGACAUCAAACCGCUGCACUGGAAGGUCGUUUGUUGUGAGACCAGAUGGCAAGGUCAAUAUUACCGUGGACAACUCGUGGGAGGAUCCUGUGAUCGCACUACACGUUCGUGCAAAGCUACCGAGGGCCUAACAAGAGCAGCGGUCCAUCAUAUACGUACACAAAUGAUAAAU